UGACAUUGCCUUCAACACCGAAGAGGAUGAUCAAAGCAUCGGUCUUCGCUUCAUCGAAACCCGACUCUUCUCCCUCUUCGAGCCAUUCGCAACCCUCAACACCUUCCCGCACCCUAUCAGAAACAAUGGUCGAGGAAAGUGUUCACAUCGCCGAGGCAGUCAUCAAGAAAUGGGACCCGAGUGGGCCCACUUCCAACCAGAUGCUGUUUCGAGAAAGCAGAGAGGAAGCCGGGGAUUUCAUCAGGUGUGUGGAGGAGCUGAGAAGAGCAAUGCACUUCUUGGUUAUCAACCAUUCGAGUUCUGGGAAGCUAGUUCAAGCGCAGAAGUCAAUGCAGAUGGCCAUGAAGAGGCUCGGGAAUGAGUUUCAUCAAAUAUUGGAGACAAAUAGGGAGCGUUUGGAUCCAGAAUCUGUGUCCCAGGGAUCAUCUUCUAGGUCACAUUCAUCUAAUUCCAAACAAGAAGAUGGUGUUUUCACAGACAAUGAGAUUGGUGUAGCUGUGAGUGACCUCGGGCAGAUUGGGAACUGGAUGGUCAGCUCGGGCUAUGCAAAAGAAUGUGUCAAUAUAUAUAAACUUGUGAGAAAGUCAGUUUUGGAUGAAGAGUUGUAUCGCGUUGGAAUAAGGCAAUACAGCUCAUCGUCCCACAUCAGAAAGAUGGGUUCAAGUGUUCUUGAGGACCAGAUCAAGAACUGGUUAAGCGCAGUGAAUAUUGCAGUGAGGUCCCUCUUCAAUGGCGAGAGGCUUCUCUGUGACCACGUCUUCUCUACAUCUGAAACAAUGAGAGAAACAUGUUUCGCCCAUAUAGCAAAAGAAGGUGCUAUUAACCUGCUCAAAUUCCCAGAACUUGUUGCAGCAAAGAGCAAGAGAUCGCCAACGCACGUCUUCCUGCUCAUGGACAUGUACAAUGAGAUUUCGGAGCUCGUUCCCGAGAUCAAAUUAAUCUUCUCAUACGAAUCGGUCUCAGAAGUCAUACUACAAGCCUUCGCCUCUCUUCACAAACUCAAAAGUUCAGUCCAAACACUCGUUUCUGAUUUUGAGAAGUCCAUACUGAAGGAUUCAUCAAGAACACUAAUCCAUGGAGGAGGGAUACAUCCAUUGACCCUUUCGGUUAUGGAUUUUGUGCUGUCAAUGGGAGACUGCUCCAAAACCUUCAAUGAGAUAGCUGGUGAUGAGUGUGAGUCAGACUCUGCCCAGAUUGAUCGAAUCAUCCUCAUGCUUCUCUGCAAACUUGACACCAAAUCGAGGCUCUACAAAGAUAUAGCUCUAUCAUAUCUUUUCCUAGCGAACAAUUUUCAUUUCGUCGCGGAGAGGGUAAGGUCAAGCUCCCCUCUCAUGCUUCUCCUCGGGGAUGACUGGCUGCUGACUCUCGACAGGAAGGUGAACUCAUAUGCAGCAAAUUACACAGCAAUGGCGUGGGCGAAAGUGCUCUCAUGUCUGCCAGAAAGAUUGGACCCAUCGCUACCGGGUGAUGUUAUAGAGAGGCAUAUCACAGAAUUCCGAGCUGAAAUAAAAUUGGCACUGGCUAAAGAAUUAGUACCAGCGUAUAAGGAAUUUUAUGAUGCGUACCUGGAAGUGGUGAGCAGUAAAGGGAGCAUGGAGGUGCUGGUGAGGUAUUCUCCUGAUAAUUUGGGAAGCUACUUGUCAGAUCUGUUCCAUGGAACAUCCAUGUCCGGUGGUUCAGCAUCAUCAUCAUCAUCAAGCUCAUUAUCCGUUGUAUCACAGUUUCGUCCUUGAUUCAAGGCACUUAAACAACAUUCCACAUAUAUAAACUCUCUCUUCCAGAUUCCAGUAAGCCAAAUAUGGGUGGAAUCAAUAUUUAGAGCAAAAAACAUCCUUUGUAUCAACUAUGAAACUAUCAAACUUGUGAAACAAUUUAAAACAUCCUUAAUAAACUACAUCAACAUUG